GUUCAAGAAAUAAACAAUAAUGAUAAAUGGAAAACAUUUUGUCAACAUCUCUCUUUACCGAAUUUUAUUUAUGGUCAAGGUGAUAAAGCUUAUCUUGGGAACGGAAUUGCAUCUCGUUAUCCAAUUGAAUUUUAUUCAAAUCAACAAGCAUAUUUUCCAUGUCCAGGUGGUACAAGAGGUUUACUGCAAUGUCGUUUAAAUGGUGAUCAUCCAUUUACUAAAGAUAGAAUAUUUUCUGUAACACAUUUAGAUUAUAUUAAUGAGGAUAAUCGUUUACAACAAAUCAAAGAAUUUAAUCCACAUAGACAAAAUAUUGAUAUAUUGAUGGGUGAUAUGAAUGCAUUAACAAGAGAUGAUUAUUCAGAUAAUUAUUAUCGAGAACAAGUUGUUGGAGUACGUGAAAAUUUUCAAUGGGAAAAACCUCGUUUUGAUUUAACUAAAUUAAUAACAGAUGAAUGGAAUUAUCAAGAUGUAUUUAAGUUAAACAAUCCACAAGUAAAAGAUGAACAAAUAGCAACAUGUCAAUAUGGAACGCGUAUUGAUUAUAUUUAUGUACAUCCUCGUGUCAAUGAUCAAUGGUUUUUAAGUGAAUGUUCAAUUAUUGAUACUAAAGGAGAGACAGAUCAUAAUGCUGUUUUUGCUGAAUUUAAAUUAAAAUCAAAAUAA